AUUUUAUCCCAAAAUAUCCCCAAUAACAUCCCAUCAACUGGAGUGCCGAAUUCUGCUGGUUUGACACCAGCGAUGCCACCUAUUGGUGGCAUGUCCCAGGGUACCAUGCAUCAACAACAGUCAACUGUUCAGCAGAAUAACCUCCCAAAUAUGCAUCAACAACAAUCGGGUGGUCAGACGAAUCUUUCUGGUGUCCUACAGCAACAAAUGGGUGGAAUUCAACAUGGUAACUCCAACUUACAAACAAAUCCGCAAGCUGUCCAUAAGCUACAGCAAUCUAAGGUUGUAGCUCAGCAGCUAAUGCAGCAGAAAUUGGCAACGAUGUUUUCUAACCAAGCACAAGCCAUCCCAGUCACAGCCAAUGCAACAGCAGUUGAAGUCUCAGAUCCAGUCACAGCCAGGGCAGCUGGAAAAUCAAUUGGGUUUGCAACAACAGUCGAAUACAUGUGCUGAUUCCUCGUCACCAAUGGGGAGUGCAACUCCUGUUGACUGGCCAAAGGAGUAUCGAAAGAUGCUAGAGCAGCGGCAAGUGUUGCAGCAACAAUAUAUGCUAAGACUGCAGCAGCAGCAGCAACAAUAUAUGCAGCCCUUAAUUCAGCUGCCGCCGCAGCCACAGUCCUUAAUCCAGCAGUCCUUAAACCACCAGUUGCAGCAGCAGCAGCAACAGGUGUAUAUGCACUUAAUCUGGCAGCAGCAGCAAGUGAUGCUGCAGCAGCAGCAGAAACUGAUGCUGCAAAAGCCCUUAAUCCAGCAGCAGCAACAACAACAACCGAUGCUGCAAAAGCCCGUAAUCCAGCUGCAGCAGCAAACUUCGAAGCAGCCGUCAAUCCAGCAGCAGCAGCAAACAUCGAAGCAGCUGCCAAUCCAGCAGCAGCAAACUUCGAAGCAGCAAAAUAUGCUAAAACAGCCGUUAAUCCAGCAGGACAAGCUAUUUGAACGGUUGCCUGGACAAAAAAUGAUGCCGACGAGUACUUAUGUCCUAAUCAUUUGCGUAAUGCUCCUGUUCAGUGUUGGUAAGUCGAGUUUCCUUAGGCUCUUUUUGUUCUUGUCUCGACAUUUUUUUGGUGAUUAUUCAAUAAGCUUAGCUUCUUAUAUUGCAGAUGAUGCUCCACUGUGCUGGGUUUAUUGAGCUGGUGAGAUGAACUGCACUUUAAUAUUUCAAGAACAAUAGUUGUUUGGUAUCUAGUAUGCAUCUACUUUGGAAAAUUUCUUAUGCUUUUUUUGUUAAUCAUGUUGGAAAAUUGUGUCAAUCACUGCAACUCUAUGAUUAAUCACUUAGCUUCUGCGUGUUUUUGUUCA